CCUCCUUCUGUGACGAACCAGGAAAAGGGUCAUUCAUACUCUGUCUGCCUCUCUGAGCUCUAGAUUAAUCCUCUCGUACGGGGACAACAUGGCUGCGUUAAGUGGCGCCGUGAAUAAACUGGCAUCUUUUUGGAUACCAAACGUCACUCUUAUCCGCCGAUAUAUGCCGUUUUUUUUCUUCGGUCUUUCACUUACAGGUUCAGUACUGAAAGAGCUGGACGUGGUCCCAAAGACAUACUUCAGCAGCAGUAGAAAUAUCUUCAACCUCUAUUUCGUGAAGGUCUCCUGGGGCUGGAACCUGGUUUUGCUGCUGCCAUUUCUGUUUCUCUCCAACUCCUACAACAGAAACCUCAUCUUUGUGUUAAGACGGCUCACAUCUCUCCUGGUGGCAACAGCCAUUUGGUACGUCUGCACCGAGGCAUUUUUCUACAUCGAAGACAUUACAGGGAAGUGCUAUGACUCCAUGCAAGUCAUCCAUGAAGAGUUCAGCACAAAAGCUGAUUGCAGAAAAUCCGGUUUUGUCUGGGAUGGCUUUGAUAUAUCGGGACACUCAUUCAUCCUAGCUUACUCUACACUCCUCAUUGUUGAAGAGAUGGUCCCCAUGCUCCACAUAGUGCAACACAACCAGACGAGAACUGUUGUUCUCGAUGUUCUCUAUGUUGCACUCAAUGUCAUUGUGGUCAUUUGGAUAUGGAUGUUUGCUAGUACCUCUGUCUACUUCCAUGACACCAUUCAUAAAAUUCUGGGGACCUUCUUUGCGGUUUUGGGAUGGUAUGCGACGUACAAGGUUUGGUAUCUGAAGCCGUACUCCCCGGGACUACCUCCGUUCCAGAGUGAACACAAACAACACGACUAGACUGAACUUCACACUAGCUUGAAACAUUGCAGCCUUGGAACAGACUGACACUAAAUUAGCUCACAAAACAUUGACUAGGUCCAAUUGGUGUGUGUUUUCUGUCCUUUUUAAAGGUCAUUUGUAAUGGGGAUCUUCGUGUGCUUGUCUCUCAGAGGUAAUGGGCAGCUGGUGUUCCAAAAUUGACUCUGUGAUGUGAGAGAAAUGCUACGUGGCAUGCAUGUCUCAAGCGGCCACAUUAUCUAAUCCUUAUUGUUGCCUUCUAAACGUUAGUGGCUUCAGACAGGGUAGUGAAAUCUGCCUUUGCGCAAUGUGCCACUUUAAUUGUACACAGAUGGUGUGUUGAACUUCAGCAUAUUGCAUAGUUAUUUACUUAUAAGGUUGUUGUUUUUGUGUAUUUUUGCUUUUUCAGUUGUUGGUAUUACUCAGUCAUUUUUGGCUGAAUGUCAUUUUAAACCAGUGCCAUUGUCUAUACUGCAAAAAAUAUUGUCUUGGCAAGUUGAAAGCUCCAGAUUAUAGGCAAUAUAUUCAAUAUUUCUCAGUUUAAGAUUACUACAAGAAUGUUGUAAGGUUUUUCAGGUUUUUCUAGAUAUUUAGAUUUAUUAUAGACAUUUUAUCAAGUAAAAGUUUUAUUGUAAUAGCAAAUGAUGUUAUUUCCUUCAAGCAAAAUUAGAUCUGCCAAGAUUGCCAUUGGCAGUUUUUUGUAAAAAAAAAAAAAAAAAAAAUCAACAAUUGGCCAGUUAUUUA